UUUACAAGUUGCCACCUAUAUUUUCCGUUUUCUUAAAAAAAUUACGAAGGGCGAAAACAGAUAAUGGCGACGGCAUCGGAGAACGCAAGAGGAGGUGACAAAACGGCGAAGGCAGUCGUCGCCGAUCAGAUAUCGCAGGCUGUUAAUUCUACUGCUAACCUUCUCCAUCUGAUGCGUCAAUCGUCUUCUGCUCAGGCCCAGUUGGCAAAGCUCCCAAAGAAUCUUUUGGCCAAAGCUUCUUUAACUAAGGCCACUGGACAAUCGUUGGCGCAGCUUCCUCAAGUGAUUUCAUCUCUGGAUGCCCAUAUAGAAAGCGGCUUGAACAGUGGCGUUCAUUUAAACACAGUAACCCAGUUACUUGAAAACAUGGAAAGCACGCAGCUUCGUGCUCUUCGACAGUCUAACUUAUCCCCUGUGGUGGACAACAAUCAAUCUCCAGAGCAGAGUUAAACAUUUCAGACAAAUGUUUCCUCAGUAGUACAUAUGUGUAUCUACAAUAAACUUCUUCAUAAGGUACAGUUUCUCUAUCCAAUAUUUCUAUCCUUCUGGUCCCAAAUUUUUACUUUGGUGACUGCAAAUUUAUCCCAACUUGAUGGCCUUAACGUGUCGAAACAAGCCUUUCCGCAAUAUCUAUGUUGUUUUAGAACAAGUCUUUUGUAAAGUUGAAUCCUUUUUUGAUUUACAAGUAGAAUCACGUCUUCUCCCUUUUGAUUAAGUGACUUA